UAUUUUAUGCAAAAUCCUCUUAACUCAUAAUAAAAAAGCAUAAAAUAAAUUAUAUCUGAUUUAAUGAUGAAAGAAAUGUAAAAGGAUAGUAAGAAGAAAUUAAAUGUUGUUGUAAUUCCUAUGAGAUAUGGUUAAUAAUGGGGCAGUAGAAAUUUAAAGAAAAUAACUCCAUUACACAAAUAGAAGAGUGAACAUGCUUUAAAAUUUUCUCCUAUAAAUUGUACUCAAAUAUCUCCUGAUAACUUUAAAGAAAAAGAAAGGAGAAACUAUUAAAAAUUAAUAAGUUUGGCGAACCAAAAAUCGAAAUAAAUAAGUAGAGAGAACUAAUACAUGGUUUAAUCCAGAUAAAAAUCGUAUUCUUUGAAUGUGGCAAAGCCAAUUCAUUAAAAAUUACCUUCACUUCCGAAAAGAAUUUAAUAUAGAGCAGCAAAAGCAGAAAGUCUCUAAUUAUAUAAUAUAGAUUCAUUAGAAGGAUAUAAUAUUUAAGCUGAAGAUAUGUCUUUCGAAAUAGAUGAAUAUGUUAAAUUAAAAUCUGUUCAUUCUAUUAGAUUAUCAGACUACUCCUGA